CUUGCGGUCUCCAAGGGUCCGCCCGAGGAAGCCGAGGCUGCGGACCCCGGCGCCCGGCCAUGGCCUCCCCCGGGCUGCCGCAGCCCCCCGCCGAGGGCUCGCCCUGGCCUCUGCGCCUGCUGCCCGCGCCUCCCGGGCUGCUGCGGCUGGACCCCACCGGCGGCGCACUCUGGCUGCUCAGCCUCGCGGCGCUGCUCCGCUGGAGCUGGCUGUGGCGGCACCGGGCGCGGGGCAUCCCUCCCGGGCCCACGCCCUGGCCCGUGGUGGGCAACUUCGGCUUCGUGCUGCUGCCUCCGUUCCUCCGACGGAAGAGCUGGCUGCACCGCCGGGCGAGGGCCGCAGGGACGGAGCCCUCGGCGCUGAGCCCGCAGUUGCUCCUGGCCGACCUGGCCCGCGUCUACGGCAACGUCUUCAGCUUCUUCAUCGGCCACUACCUGGUGGUGGUCCUCAGCGACUUCCACAGCGUGCGCGAGGCGCUGGUGCAGCAGGCCGAGAUCUUUAGCGACCGCCCGCGGGUGCCCCUGGUCUCCCUCGUAACCAAGGAGAAGGAAAGGACGAAUAUAAUCAGUGGAUGGAUAGCGCCUUCUCUGCUUCAGGAGGAAGAAAAUACAUGCGUGAUAAAUGGAAAUUGCGUUAAAUGGAUUGUGUUCGCACAUUAUGGCCCGGUGUGGAGACAACAGAGGAAGUUCUCGCAUUCAACUCUUCGUCAUUUUGGCUUGGGAAAGCUGAGCUUGGAGCCCAGGAUUAUUGAAGAGUUUCAGUAUGUGAAAGAGGAAAUGCAGAAGCACGGAGAAGACCCCUUCGACCCUUUCCCCAUUGUCAACAAUGCCGUCUCUAACAUCAUUUGCUCCCUGUGCUUUGGCCGGCGCUUUGACUACACCAAUAGCGAGUUUAAGGAGAUGCUCAAUCUCAUGUCGCGAGCGCUAGAAGUCUGUCUGAACACCCAGCUCCUCCUGGUCAACAUCUGCUCCUGGCUCUAUUAUCUUCCCUUCGGACCAUUUAAGGAAUUAAGACAAAUUGAAAAGGCUAUUAGCACUUUCCUUAAAAAAAUCAUCAAAGACCAUCGAGAGUCUCUGGAUGUAGAGAACCCUCAGGACUUUAUAGACAUGUACCUUCUCCACGUGGAGGAGGAGAGAAAAAAUAACAGCAACAGUAGCUUUAAUGAAGAUUACUUAUUUUAUAUCAUUGGUGAUCUCUUCAUUGCUGGGACUGAUACCACAACUAACUCCUUGCUUUGGUGCCUUCUGUAUAUGUCACUGAAUCCCGACGUUCAAGAAAAGGUUCAGGAAGAAAUCGAAAGAGUCAUUGGUGCUGACAGAGUCCCUUCCCUCACUGACAAGGCCCAAAUGCCCUACACGGAAGCCACCAUCAUGGAGGUGCAGAGGCUGACGGUGGUGGUGCCCCUCGCCAUUCCUCACAUGACCUCGGAGAAAACAGUGCUCCAAGGAUAUACCAUUCCUAAAGGCACAGUGAUAUUACCCAACUUGUGGUCAGUGCACAGAGACCCAGCCAUUUGGGAGAAACCAGACGAUUUCUACCCUAAUCGAUUUCUGGAUGAUCAAGGACAACUUAUUAAAAGAGAAACAUUUAUUCCUUUUGGAAUAGGGAAGCGGGUAUGUAUGGGAGAACAACUGGCAAAGAUGGAAUUGUUUCUGAUGUUCGUGAGCCUAAUGCAGAGUUUCACCUUCGCUUUACCCAAGGAUUCUAAGAAACCCAUUCUGACUGGAAGAUACGGUCUAACUCUAGCCCCACACCCAUUUAAUGUUAUCAUUUCAAAGAGAUAAAGAACUUGCCCAAGAAGAGAAUGUAAAUACAUUUCCUCCUCAACAGUUUCUUCCUUCUGCAGUUGAUGACAGACCCAGCAAUGCAGUGGCCUCUGGUCAGGCUUGGACGAAAAGGAGACCAGAAUGUGGGUAGAGCUUGCAUCAUCUUGGACCAUCCCUCAGCAGGGUGCUUCUGUCACUUUAGUAACGUACGUCUGUGACUUAGGGGAUGGGGACCCGGGUGCUGCGUCGGGAAGCAGGAGAUCCGGAUUUGUUCCUCCAUGGCUUCCACCAGUGAACAUUCCUCCCCAUCACUCAGUGCCUCAAUCACUCAUGCAUCCAGUGAGGUUAAGAAACCGUGCCUUCUCUCCCUCCUCAGCACUAAGGAAGGUCAAAUGCCAUGUGUCUUUCCCGACAUCACCAAAACUCUGUUAAGUAUGGAAGAACAAAUUCAGAAGCCGAAGGAAGACCCUCCAUCUUCAGACCUGUAACAACACGGAAGCGGGGUUCCAACUUGAAUACUUUGCCAGAGAAGGAUGUGGGUUUUGGUCAUGAUGAGUUAGAGCUUUUCUCCCCACAGAUCCUAUGUCAGUCCUGGGAGGGGGGAGGCUUGUUUUGUUACUGUUGUCUUUUCGUUUGUGAUUUAGUUUUUUACAUUUUGUAGACGUACUCGAGUGUCCUUGUCGGGUGUGGAGAGGAAGGGCUGUUUGGAUGUGUAUGUCUGCCUUCUGUUUCAACUACUGGCGAAAGAGGUGGCUUCACAGUGCUGAGCUGCUCUCUGCUGCGUUGCUUGAGGAGAUAUAGCUCUACCUUUCCACCUGAGCCCUGAAUAGUGAGCUUGGGAAUUCUGAUUCUGGGAUUCCUUGGGGAAGGAUACAGACUGCCAAAUAUGCCUUUCUUGUUCUCCCUUCCACAAGGCUUUGUCUGUCUCACCUUAGUACUUCUCAGAGACACAGAGGCAUUCUGAAUCUGGUUAAUAGAACUGCAUCACUCCUUCAUAAGGACGGUCCCUCCAGAAGAGCGGUUCUCAAAAAAGGCACUGAGCCCUUUCGGGGGUACUUGGAAAUGUGUAAGGUGUAAUGUGAAAGGCUAUUGGCCUUUCCCACCUUGCGGCCAGGAUGCUAAGAUUCUGAGCAUACCUGAACCAGGAGGAAUAAUCCUGCCUCCUCUGCCAGUAUUUCCCCAGCGAGGGAAUGCUUCAAAGAAUGGCCAGCGCACCCCUGGAUUCUCCCGUAGCCCCUCCUGACAGAGAAGUAACCACGAUCCUAAGACGCUCACCCACAGUUUGCAGCCUUCCCUCCUGCUGGCACCACACUUGGGACUUUCCUUGUAGGCCUGCAUGAUUCUUACAGAAACUCUAGUAAGAAGACAUUAUUUUGUAGCUGAUAGAGCCAAGCAUCAGCCAAGUGAAGGUACCUAGUUAGAGGGUCCCGCUGUUCAUUUCAGACCUAAGAGUCCUUGUGACUGGAGAGUUCUGUCCAAACCACUACUCCUUACUGCUGCCUCCUGAGCCAUGGGAGUCUGCUUGGCGUUUUCAGUGCAGAUGGAUGAAGUCCAGGCAAAUCUCUAGGUGCCUUGAGGACUUUUGUCAACUAAAAACUACAACAACAACAAAACACAACAAAACAAAUAAACAGAUUGUCCAAGAAUUGUGAGCGAACGGAGCGGUUGUGGUCUAGAUUUGUGAUGAGAUGAUGCAUGUGUGGUUACACUGUAUCUUGAGCAGGACAGUUUGUUCCUCAUCUGGAAUUUUAUAUGCAUUUGAAUUGCACUAAUAAUUUGGCAUUAGCAAGUUCAUUACUCCUUAAUUUAUACACACAUUUUCAACAUUCCUAACCAAGCAGUUUGUAGCUUACUUGGGGGGUGAGGGAAAUCUAUUCUGUGAGAUUUUGUUGAAAUCAGAUGUUCCUUAAACUUUUAAAUACAGUGCCUCAGACUGUAGCACUUUAAAAACAUCUUACAUGCUAAGUCACGGAAAGGACUGUUAACGCUUUCCUUGUAUAUGUUGGCAUUUUAUGGUUUUGUACCUUUCGAUUUAUUAGAUGUAUAAAAAUAAUAGUAAUUUGUUUUAUGUAUCUUCCAAAUACCUAGUUUUUAAUCCUCAUCUUUAACGUAAUUUUUGGUGCUUUCAUUAAACUUUCAGUUUUAACUGAAA